AGUAAAGAAUAAUUUGUAAGUAUAAAAAGCUGUUCCAGUACGUUUGCGCGAUGCAUGCAGACAUGAUCCGCAGAAUUCAUGGUUGCCGCAUAUUCUCCCACUGUUCACCUGACUACAACUAUUAUCCAUGUGUCAGAGGAGCCGCCGGUCAAACAACGGACACCUGCUAAUCUACUGUCUUACGGUGUCUGCUUUGCCGGGCUUUUCUUUUUAAGUCGUAUGCCCGGUUUAAGGAUGACGAAUUUACGUAAAUUUAUUGAUAUUGGAGCAAAUUUGCUCGAUCCAAUGUAUCAAGGCAUUUACAAUGGAUCACAAAAGCAUCCACCAGAUUUAGAAAUUGUGUUGACUCGAAGUUGGGAAAAUAAUUUGUCAAGAAUUAUAAUCACUGCUGGCAGUCUUGCAGAAAGCAGAAAAGCUUUGGAGCUUGCGAGAACAGACGCUAGGUUAUUCACAACAAUAGGAUGUCAUCCAACAAGAUGUAAUGAAUUUGAAGAAUCGGGUGAUCCUGAAUCAUAUUUAAAAUCGAUGAUUGAUCUUGCUUCGAAUAAUCGAGAAAAAAUCGUAGCAAUAGGAGAAAUAGGAUUAGAUUAUGAUCGAACAAAUUUUUGCUCUAAGGAUACUCAAAAAAAAUACUUUGAGAUGCAGCUCUCUAUGUGUUCAUCUUUGAAACUUCCAAUGUUUUUACACUGUCGAAAUGCGUCUGAAGACUUUAUAUAUAUAUUAAGGAAACAUAAAGAUGAGCUUAGCGAAGGUGUCGUCCAUUCUUUCGAUGGCAACCCAGAAGAGGCAAAUAGUAUUUUGCAAUUAGGCUUAUACAUUGGCAUUAAUGGAUGUUCACUCAAAACAGAAGAUAAUUUAUUUACAGUAACAACCAUUCCCUCAGAUAAAUUAAUGAUUGAAACUGACUGCCCUUGGUGCGAAAUUCGGCCCACUCAUGCAUCAGUCAAGGAUGUUAUAACACAUUUUCCUUCAGUGAAAAAAGAAAAGUGGCAAGAAGAUAAGAUGAUAAAAGGUCGUAAUGAGCCUUGUACAAUAGUUCAAAUACUGGAGGUUCUUGCACGCGUAAGAGACGAAGAAGAAGAGUAUUUGUGUAACCAAAUAUAUAAAAAUUCAAUGAAAGUGUUCUUUCCCCACGAACUGUAACAAUACAAUUAUUUUUGGUGAUUAUUAUACUACAUAAGACAAAACAUUUGCGAAAUUGGAAUUGACAUUCGAAACGCCCAUUAUUUGUGGAGUUAGCGUCUUGCCUCAAAGUUUUUUUAGACGAAAACGUUUUUGCUAAACAAAAAGAUGCAUUUUUGUAGUAAACAUAAAAAUAAAUUUGAAAAAGGAAGGAGGAGUGGAAGUUUGGAGUACAAUAGAGCUUAAGUCGAGCUAAGAUCUCUUUUCACUUAAAGUAAAAAUUAAUAUAUUCUUGUUAAGAUUCUAAUCAUUAUGUAACCAUCGCCAUUAAUGUAAUGAUGACAACUGUAUUUAUCAAUAUUAUUCUCUUAUUAUUGCGAUAA